AUAUAAGUAGUAUAAGUGAUGCAGAAAAUGUAGUUAUAGAAUAUACCAAAAUAGGACUUGUGAAGAGUGGAAAAAUUUCAGGAUCCGAGUCUGAGCUUGGUGUACUUGAUAAAUAUAAUACGAAAUGUAGUAAUACAU